CAUUCCCUUCAGACUCAUAUGUUUUCUGGGUUUUAAACACACUCCCAAUGAUGGCUACCCACAAAGUUCUCGCUUUUCUUUUCUUUGCUUUGAUAGGUUUAGGGAUUUGCGCUGCAACUAGAGCCCUCCUCACCCUUGAAGGAGGCCUUGGCUACUCUCUGGGGUCAGGCGUUACCGUCGGCUAUGGCGGCGAUGCCGGCUACAGAGGUGUAGGUGAACGUGGUUCUGUUGCCAACGGUGGUGGUGGAGGAAGUGGAGGCGGAGGUGGAGGAGGAUAUGGCGCCGGAGGGGAGCAUGGUGCUGGGUUUGGAAGUGGGAGUGGUGAAGGAGCUGGUGUCGGCUAUGGUGGUGGAGCCGAACAUGGAGGUGGGAACGCCGGCGGAGGGGGCGGCGGAAGUGGGGGCGGCGGUGGAGCCGGGGGUGGUGGUGGAGCACAAGGGGGUGGUUAUGGGGAAGGAGCAGGCAAGGGUGGUGGAUACGGUGAGGGUGGCUCUGGUGGAGGCGGUGGGGGUGGAGGUGGGGGCGGCGGCGGUGGAGGAGGAGGAGGAUCAGGUGGCAGUGGAUAUGGUAGUGGUGGAGGAAGCGGAGAGGGUGGUGGAUUUGGGGGAGGACAUGCGGGUGGCGGCGGUGGCGGUGGGGGGUCUGGCGGUGGAGGUGGUGGAGGUGCACACGGCGGGUAUGGAGGUGGCAGCGGAGGUGGAGAAGGCGGUGGCCAUGGCGGCUACAUCCCUUGAGAGAGAUCACGCCUCCUCCUCGUAUUCUAAUUAGUCGCCAGUUUGCAAUAUGGACAAAUAAAAGAUAAUGUAUCGCGUGAAACUCAAGAUGCAGGGACGCCUAUAUGUAUAAGAUUAUUUAUGUCAAAAAGUGUUACUAAUUGCCAAAUUAAA